GAAAAUUUCAAUUUGAAAACAUCGAGUCAGUGUUCAAAUUUGACGAACCAAUGUUGUGUGUAACAGGGCACUAACGUAUAGACGAGAUUCUAAUGGAAUCGAUGUCAGUUUUUUCCGAUUUCUGUAAAUCACAUACUUAUUCUAAUUGAAUGAGUAAACUUACAAAGGUAAAUGAAAAAUUAAAGUUGAGAUAGGAACGGUGACGAAAGUGUGUUUCAUUUGCUAUCAUUUCUGUAUCUCAGAGUGUAUUUGUUGGUGGCGUUGUGGCAGUUUGUAGACAUCCAUUUAGUAAAAAAACGAGAAGUGACCGAAGAGCCACAAGUAGUGAGACAGAUUCCCCUUAAAUAAGAAAACCCUCGCUCUGUUGGUUCUGCUAUCAGCAUUGAUCGUAGGUUUUGGCAUUGCGUUAGGAUAUUUACUUAAGAUGGAGUACACACACCACACUGUUAAACAUAAAGGAAGCGUAGUUUCAAACGGAGAAGAAUGUGCUGCCAUUGGAGGGAAAAUUCUCAAAGAAAUGAAUGGAUCAGCUGCUGAUGCCGCUAUUGCAAUGUUAUUCUGUGAAGGCGUCGCUGUCCCGCAAAGCUGUGGAUUAGGAGGUGGAUUUUUCCUUACAAUUUAUACAAAGUCGACAGGAAAAAUGCAAACAAUGAAUGCUCGUGAAAAUGCACCACUAGCAGCAACACAGGACAUGUUUGUCGGCGAGUCACGCGUUACUGGCAUAAGGUCAGUAGCAGUGCCAGGUGAACUCAAAGGCCUUUGGGAACUACACCAACGUUAUGGAAAACUGCCAUGGCGAACGUUAAUUCAACCAACAAUCGAUUUAUGCCGAAAUGGACAUUACGUUUCAAAAUAUUUUGCUGAUGUCCUGCAACUGCUAGAUACAGACAUUCGAAACGAUACGGGCCUGUCGGAAGUUUUUCUGAAUCCUGAGACAAAUUCGGUGUGGAAAGCCGGUGAUCGUAUUAGGCGACUAAAGUUGGCCGAGACAUUGGAAAUAAUAGCCGACGAAGGUGCUGAUACGCUGUAUAAUAAUGGAAAGAUUGCCAAUUUAUUGGUGGAUGAGAUGCGGCAAAUGGGUGGAAUCAUAACAAUGGAAGAUUUAACGAACUACACGGUUCGCUGGGAGGAUUCGAUUUCGACAACAUUUAUGAACCAUACGAUUCAUACCGUACCGUUGCCAGCUUCUGGAAGCGUUUUGAUAUUACUGAUGAACAUUCUGAAUGGAUUCCUUCCACCAACCAAGGACAUCACUUUUUAUCAAAGAUUUGUCGAGUCCCUGAAAUACGCUUAUGCUAAGCGAACGGAGUUAGCAGAUUAUCGUCACGCACCGGAUGCUUAUGAGGUAUUCCAAGAAAUGCUCGACGUCGACUUCGCCAACGAGGUACGAUCGAAAAUCGAAGAUAAUCAAACAUAUCAGGACUAUAAGCAUUACGGUGCCAAUUUUUCCGUGCCAGAUGACCACGGUACUAUUCACAUUUCAGUCAUAGCACCGAAUGGAGACGCUGUAGCUGUAACUUCAUCGAUAAACACACUUUUGGGAUCCCGAAUCCGAUCUAGAUCAACUGGAAUUGUUCUGAAUGAUUCAAUGGACGACUUCUCAACGCCCGGUGUUGUGAAUAUGUUUGGCGUUCCUGCGUCACCGUCAAACUAUAUUGCGCCAGGAAAGCAACCACUUUCAUCGAUGUGUCCGACAAUAGUUUUAGAUAAGAACGGAGAUGCGAAAUUGGUUAUUGGAAGUGCUGGUGGAACGAGAAUUACGUCGGCCGUAGCUUAUGUUACCAUUUCUCAACUGCUCUUCAAUGAACCGUUGCCCAAAACAAUACGGGAAAAACGAUUCCAUCAUCAGUUAGCACCGAUGUACAUACAAUAUGAAAGCGGUUUCAACGAAACGAUUCUCAGACAAUUGAAGGAACGUGGACAUGUUGUGUCUGAGGAGAAAACACCGUACGGAUUUGUGGCCGUUACGGGUAUUGCACGGAACGGCGAUGAACUGACACCAGUGUACGAUAAUCGAAGACAUGGAAGCACGUUCGUGUUUUAAUUAAAUUUAAGAGAUUUCAGUGCCAAAGAGACAAUGUGCUUUUCGUGUUUUAAAUUAUUGAAUUUAACGGGGGGAAAAUUGCAUUUUCUUCCAUUAAAAUGUUGACUGCACCAAUGAUUUAGAAUAGUUUGUAAAUAGGACGGUUUGUAGGUGAAAUUCACAAUGUAAAGUGUGACGAAACAUAAGUGAACAAAAUCUACUUGUCAUUUGCCUUCCUCUAAUCUAUGUAAUUUAUACGAGUAAAGAUGAAGAAGCUCACAGAAUAAA